GCGACGACCAUCGUACACAGGAAUGUGGAGGUCGAGACCAGCGACUAUUAUGACCACACGUUUGCUGGUAUCAUGGUCAACAUUGAAGCCUGCAAUUUCUUGCCAGUAGACUCGCUCUACGUCUUCUCGGUGUGGGUCAGAGGCGACUUGGGUCCGAUGACCGUGUGGAGCACCCAGAAUGGAUAUCAAGGGAAAGAAGAAUCUCAAAAGGAUUGGGUCUGCCAUUACUCUAAGUUUCAUGAGCCCAGCGUCGAUCAGUUCCAGGAGAUGAGGCUGCAGGAGCCGAUCUGCCUGAAGCCAGGAGAUCGAUUUGGCCUUUACGUGCACUCGGCGUGUUACGGCGAUGAUCAGAUUGUCUACGAUAACCAGCGGCAUCACGUUUCUCAUUCUGACAACUUCCUGCGUAUCCUCCCUGGCAAAGCUCACCUGUCACACGAGCCCUUCAGUCCUACCCAUGAGAAUUUUGGAGGAUGGGGAAGACCAUGGCGAGAGAAUCGAGAGUUUGUAGGAAGG